AUGGGAGAAGAACGAAAAGCAAAAGAUUUUUAUGAACGAGCGAUAGAAAUUGAGACGAAAGCAUUUCGACCUGACCAUGUUAAUAUUGUGUUAGCGUACAACAAUCUCGGUUCGUUUUACCAUAAGAUGGGAGAGUACAAAAAAGCAAAAGAUUUUUAUGAACAAGCGAUAAAAAUUCAAACGAAAGCAUUUGGACCUAAUCUGGGUUUGGUUUACUUUAAUAUGGGUGAGAACGAAAAAGCAAAAGAUUUUUAUGAACGAGCGAUAGAAAUUAAGACGAAAGCAUUUGGACUUGACCAUGUUAAUAUUGCGUCAACGUACAUGAAUCUGGGUUCGGUUUACAAAGAUAUGGGAGAGUACGAAAAAGCAAAAGAUUUUUAUGAACGAGUAAUGAAAAUUAGAACAAAAACAUUUGGACCUGACCAUGUUAAGAUUGCGUCAACGUGCAAGAAUCUGGGUUCGGUUUACAAAGAUAUGGGAGAGUACGAAAAAGCAAAAGAUUUUUAUGAACGCGCGAUGAAAAUUGAAACAAAAACAUUUGGACAUGACCAUGUUAAUAUUAUGAGAAAGCAAUCACGUUGUAAUUUACUGUGAUAGGAAAAACGCGAAAAACCAACACAAUAAAGUUUAUAACGAGUGACAGAACUUGAAAGUGAAGCAUUUGACCUCUAUAUUUAUCUUUUAUUUGCAAACAGCUAAAAGUAUUUCGUAUUUGAGAAACGUUUCACGAGAUAAAGGACAAAAUACAGUUGUAUUUUCAGUUUAAAGCGAUAGAAAUUGAAAAAAAAGUAUUUGGACCUGAACAUGUAUUGCAAUAAUAUACAGUAAUCUUCAUUUGGUUAUAAACAAACUAUAGGUAUUAAAACUAAAGCACUUGGACUUCUAUUUAUCUUUUAUUUGCUAGAAGCUAAAAUACUCCUGUUUUUGAGAAAACGUACAAGGAGAUAGAAGAAGAGGAAAUGAAUUUGUAGCUCAUUUUCAAUGAAGAAGAAAAUCAAUUUCUCUUUUCAUUUUAGGUAUGUCUUCUUUAUACUAAAGGUGAUUAGAAACAGUUGUAUUGUAGAUUUCUUUUAACAAAGGUUCAAAUAACAACAGUUGUAUAUUUAUAAAAGGUAUAAAUAUAUUAUUGAAAAUAUUCAAAAAUUUGUAUUUUCAAGUUUUCAACUUUCAUUUAUUUACUGGAACAGUUUUUAUUAAGAAACUUGUAUAGAACUAUCAAGGUAUAUUUAUGAGUUUAGUUUACAAUAUCUAGCUAUUCAGAAGUUGUGAAGUUCCUUAAAAUGAAUGUUGUUGGGUCAUUUUCUUGUAUAAUGAGAGUAAAUACUGAUCUUACAGCAACCAUGAUCAUGUAACAUCCCUUUUUGAAAUGCUGAAAAGCCCACAAGAUUUGCCUUGCUAUAUAAGUAUGAAUACAGUCUUUUCUAUAUUUAUUUCUAUUCAUUCAUAUAAUUUACAAAAUAUACUUUCUAUUUAUGA